AUGUCAUACUACGAUAAAGAAAACGUCGCCACGACGCCGUCAAAGAAUCCGGAUAAGUCUAUAAAUGACAGCUCACCAACGCCUUCCAAAAGAACACUCCGGCCUAUCUCACCAAACAAACAGAAUAAUGGCGGUAUAGGGAAAUUGAGCUUCCUACAGAGCGACAACAUUGACGAUCAUUUUGAAUACAUACAUAACUCCAACGAAGAGAUCAAGCAAAGUUUGUAUGAUCUUGAAUCAAAUACAAAGCAGACAAGUUUAGAUCUUGGACAGUUGAUCGAUAGAUCGAAGAACAACAACCAGAACUUGAAUCGUGUACUUGAGAGCAUAGCGAAGUAUUCCGAGGAAGUCACAACCGAAGGCAAUGCAACCAAGUUUGAUGUUACGAGGAUUUUAGAAAAGCUUGAAGCCUUAAGCAAUCAAGAUUCCAGUGAAGAGCUUCGACUGCUUCGCGAGAGCAUUGAAACAAACGCGAAGGAGAACCAAUGGACGGAGAUCAGUACAUUACUAAAAUCAAUCAAAGAAGAUAACGAAAAGUCAAGUUCAAGAAUCUGCGAAGACCUUGAUAAGUUGUCAAUCUCUCUUGAAUUACAAGAACCCUCAGCUAAUGGUACAUCUCCCGAGCUCUCCAAAGAAAUUGACGCAUUGAAGCAGACGAUUGAAAGCCAGUCAAAUGUCGUGAAAGAUCUCGAAAAGCGUCUUGCUCUACUGAAAUCAACAGAUGAACUCGAAAGACGCCAUCUUGAUCUCCAACAUAAGUACGAUAUCCUUUGCGAAAGCUAUAAAGAGAAAUACAACCAAUACUCGAGACUUGGCGAACAUUUCAAAGCUCUCGAACAAAGAGCAAGACAAUUCACGGAUGACCUUCAAUUCAAUGACAGUCAGAAAUAUAGCAAUCUUCAGCAGCUACAUUCGGGAAGGCUCGAUGCCUUAGCUGGCUCGGAUGGGGGUAGCUUGAAUUUGCCCAAAAAGCGUGUGGUUAGUAUGCCCCUUAAAGAGGUGAAAGAAGAGAGCUAUAAUGAAACUGAGGAGUUUUGA